AUGUGGCCCUGUCUGCUGCUCGCUCUGGCCCUCCUGGGCACUGUCCCUGCCGACCAGCCCGGGGUGGCAGAGGGAGCCCUGGUACCAACCCUCGCCCUCCUCUGCCCUGCAGCCCCCCGCCAGCUUCAAGGGGUCCCCGCUGGUGAGACCCCCCGGCUGCUCUACACCGUGGUGAGGAAGUUGCGCACCUAUGCGAGAGCCAAGAGCUACUGCCAGGACACGUACCAUGGCCAGCUGGCCUCAGUGCACAGCAGUGCCAGCAACCAGGAGCUGCUGAAACUGGCACAAACCUACAAGAUCCUUAUCUCACCCUGGAUUGGAGCUGUCACCAGGCGCAGGGAAAGGAAGUGGGAAUCCUACUGGGAAGACUCCAGCCCCUGGAACUACGCGAACUGGGCGUCUCCCUACCCCUUACACAUUGUCAGUACCUGCACCAUCCUCGGCAUCCACGAUGGGCUCUGGCGAAGCCGCAUUUGCCUCGAGCUGCGCCCCUUCAUCUGCCAGUACUGAGCCCUCAGCGCUGCCAUGGUGCUCCAGGUCCUUUUCCAGUAAAGCAGAG